AUGUUCAAGCUGUUCGUCCUCCUCGCCUUGGUCGCCGUGGCCGCCGCCAUGCCAGGCUUCCUCGGAGGCGCCGGAUACGGAGGUGGAUUUGGUGGACACGGAGGAAGUGGAUACGGAGGGGGAAGCUUCGGCGGAUUCAGCGGUGGACACGGAGGCGGAUUCGGUGGAUAUGGGGGCGGUUUCGGUGGAUUCAGCGGCGGAUUCGGGGGACACAGGGGAGAGCGUGACAAUGGAGCAAGAAACCCCGCCCUUCACACCAAGCCCCGCCCACCUUCUUCCCAGUAUAUAAAGGCUGUUGCAGAGUUUAGCACCAGUAUCACCUACAAGACUCAUCACAAUGUUCAAGCAAACUUCCAGCUGUUCGUCCUCUUCGCCUUGGUCGCCGUGGCCGCCGCCAUGCCAGGCUUCCUCGGAGGCGCCGGAUACGGAGGUGGAUUUGGUGGACACGGAGGAAGUGGAUACGGAGGGGGAAGCUUCGGUGGAUUCAGCGGUGGACACGGAGGCGGAUUCGGUGGAUAUGGGGGCGGUUUCGGUGGAUUCAGCGGCGGAUUCGGGGGACACAGGGGAGGAUACGGACGUUAA